CUGACUGGAAUGUUGACAAAGCUAGCUUCGAUCCCGGAAGAGACCGGAAGACGCCGGCGAAAUGCGCGACGCACGCGAGAUUUUGUGAUUAUUUCAAGGUUUGGGGGAAAGUCGUGAUGGACAUCCAGCAGGAGCACAGUCGGCUUCUGAAUGCUGACAGUCGAGAUGAUGGCGAUCCCACGGGGCUCAUAUCCGAACAGGACGCUUAUCUUAGCAAAGUAAGCAACAAGAAGUUGUACCUGGCCACCUUGGCAUCCGUUCUGGGGCCCAUGAGCUUCGGUUUUGUGCUGGGCUACAGCUCGCCCGCUAUUCCGGAGUUGGCCAGGAGCCCGGACCCCCGACUGCGAUUGAACGAGGUGCAGGCGUCCUGGUUUGGGUCGGUGGUGACGCUGGGGGCGGCAGCCGGCGGCCUGCUGACUGGCUGGAUGGUGGACAAGGCGGGCAGGAAGCUGACACUCAUGUUCUGCUCGCUGCCCUUCGUCUUCGGCUUCACUGUCAUCAUCGCUGCCCAGAACGUGUGGACGCUCUACGUUGGACGCAUACUCACGGGGCUCGCCAGCGGAGGCGCCUCCCUCGUUGUACCGCUGUACAUCUCAGAGAUGGCUCACGAGCGUGUGCGAGGAACGCUGGGCUCGUGCGUGCAGCUGAUGGUUGUGUUCGGCAUCAUGGGAGUUUACCUGGCUGGUCUCUUUGUGGACUGGCGCUGGCUGGCGGUGUGCGGGGCCGUGCCGCCCACGCUGCUGAUUUCGUCCAUGUGCUUCAUGCCGGAGACGCCGCGCUUCCUGCUGUCGCAAGGCAAGCGGCGUGAGGCAGAGGAGGCGCUGCGCUUUCUGCGGGGGCCUCACGCGGCCGUGGAGUGGGAGUGCACCCGCAUUGAGGAGGCCUGUGACCAACAGGGUCCCAGCUUCCGGGCGGCGGAUCUGAAGAAUGCGGCCGUGUACAAGCCGCUGGCCAUCGGCGUGAUGUUGAUGUUCUUCCAGCAGAUGUCAGGCAUCAACGCCGUCAUGUUUUACGCGCAGAACAUUUUUGAGCAGGCGCACUUCAAGGAGAGCGACCUGGCCUCAGUGAUCGUGGGCUUAGUUCAGGUGGUCUUCACCGGCGUGGCGGCCCUCAUCAUGGACAAAGCGGGAAGGAAAGUGUUGCUUGUCAUUUCAGGUGUGGCCAUGGUGAUAAGCACGGCAGCGUUUGGGCUUUACUUCUACUUGAUGUCCAGAAGCUCCUCGCCAGAAGAACAUCACGCCAACAUGUCCUGGUUGGCCCUCACCAGCAUGGCUGUCUUCAUCACAGGCUUCGCCUUGGGUUGGGGUCCCAUUCCAUGGUUGGUGAUGUCUGAGAUUUUCCCGGUGAAAGUCCGUGGCUUCGCCAGCUCUGUGUGCGUGCUGACCAACUGGGGCAUGGCUUUCAUCAUCACCAAGAGCUUCCAGGACAUGAUGACUCUUCUCACCAGUGCGGGAACUUUCUGGCUCUUCUCGUGCAUGUGCCUCCUCAGCCUGGUCUUCACUGUUGUAUUUGUGCCGGAAACUAAAGGGCGGACACUGGAGCAGAUCGAGGCCAACUUCCAGGGAACGGCAGGACCGUGAUGGCUUCCAGAAACCUCGUUAAAAACAAUGCAAAUGUUCUCAGAAAUGUCUCCAACGCACAAGUAGCAAGAGUUCUGGGAGGAAGGGGUGUGGUCACUGCAUGACAAUCACUGAGAGCACACUCCUGGGUGGAACAAUGGAUUGAUAAUUUGUUUUCCUCAUUUUUUUUGUUUAUAAAUGAAGGUACAACGUUCUCUACAACUCAUCUCAGGUGGGUUACUUUGUUUUUCAUAAUGAAUACAAACGGUUAUAAUUUGACACGUGUGUUUUUCAUAUGUAAUUAUUAGGGAAAUUUAUCAAAAUGUGAUGAAAAGAUUCCACGCUGCUGUUGAUGGGUGUCGAGGGCUGGGGUGGUAAAACUAUGGUCAAUUUGUAUUAUUAUUAAUAAAUAAUCUGCAAAUUAAUAA